AUGGAAUCUUGCGCGAGGGGCACUACAUCCCCCUUAGAGUCAUCCCUUGAGGCAGGCGCGCUGCCGGGCCUCUCACGCUCAGUUACGACUGAUAUAUCCAUCGCCUCUCCCUCUUAUCCCGUAGUCGCCCCUCCCUCCUACCCUGCCGUCGCAAUUCCCUCCCAUCCCGCCGCCACCUCUCACCCCGUCAUCGCCUCUCACUCCCACCCCCGUGUCGCCUCUCCCUCACUCCCCACCAUCCCCACUCCUUCCUAUCCCGCCAUCUCCACUACCUCCCACCCCACCGUCACCAGUCCCUCUUAUCCCGCCGCCGUCUCUUCUCCCAUCCGGCCGUCGCCUCUCCCUCCUCCCCGCCGUCGCCUUUCCUUUCUCCCCGCCGUCGCCUCUCCCUCCUCCCCGCCGUCGCCUCUCCCUCCUCCCCGCCGUCGCCUCUCCCUCCUCCCCCCCGUCGCCUCUCCCUCCUCCCCGCCGUCACCUCUCCCUCCUCCCCGCCAUCGCCUCUCCCUCCUCCCCGCCGUCGCCUCUCCCUCCUCUGCGCCGUCGCCUCCUUCCCUCCUCGUCUUCGCCUUUUUUCCCCUCCCCGCCGUCGUCUCUCCCUCCUCCCCGCCAUCGCCUCCGGCGGCAGGUGCAUGA